AUGAAGAUAAGGGUAACAAUUGAAGAGUCACUAAAUGUUCCUGUCCCAGAUGUGGGACGCAAUGAAAAUAUUCACGUCCUAGAUGUGGGACGCAAUGGGAGGACAACAGGCAUUUCAUACACUCAGAACAUGCAGCUUGACGAUUUUAACAAGAGAUUGUCAACGGUUGAGAUCGCAUUGUCUGCAUUUCUAUCGGACCAUGAAGCUUUGUCUGCCAAGUUCACAUUUGAAUUAAAUGAAAUUAAAGAGAUGUUGGAAACUCUUUCUAAAAAGGUGUAUACAAAUGGGAGAGAACCACCUACGAAGGAGUGUGGCCACGUUGUUGAUGGGUUGUGUCUGCAUAUUACUGAUGUUAGUGAUGAAGUACGAAAUGCAAUAUGGAACUACAUUUUUCAUGAUAGAAUUACUGCAGAUGAGAAGAUUGUUCAAUUUGACAAAUUUCAUGCGAGAAGAAUGUCAAUGAAGUCAUUGAGACCCAGACUUUGGUUGUAG